UUUACAUCCCGGUCCCGAACGGUCACACUGACCUGCACAUCGUCAUCAGGAAGAGACAAAAACGGGGAAAUGGCUGGAGAUGAUCUGAUUGCGAAAUUCCAGGUGCUCGGCAUGAGCGAGCAAAAGGCGAAGGAAACUUUGAAGAAUGCCAACGUGACAAAGAAUCUCCAGCUGGCGCUGGCGGCGGCGGGAGGCGCCACCCUAUCCGACGGCACUGGUAUGCUGAUCUACCACAUUGCUACCAAGCUGAAGCCGCAGACUGCGGACCAUCUGCCUCUUCUGGUGCGCUACAUAGUGGAGCACAAGCUGGACAACACUCAGCGUAUUGAUGCCGCCCUGGAGUACCUGCUCAAAUGUGGUCAGAGCCUGAAUGCCAACAUAGAUGUGCAGGCGCUUGAGAAGGAGUGCGGCGUUGGAGUGGUGGUCACUCCGGAGCAAAUCGAGCGCACUGUGCAGGCCAAGAUCAAGGCCAGCUACAAGGAGGCCUUGUUGGAGCAACGCUACCAUUUUAACUCAUUCAAAAUCCUGCAGGAUGUCCGGGGAGACCUGAAGUGGGCGGAUGCCAAGUCCGUGAAGGCGGUUAUCGAUGUGGAGAUCUUCGAUCUGUUGGGUCCUAAAACAGAAGCAGACUUAAAACCUCCGACAAAAGCAAACGAUAAGCCGAAGGCUGCAAAACCGAAAGCGGAAGUAACUCCUGCCGCUCAAACGGCUGAAGCUGCAUCUGAUGGAGCCACCACCAUUUCGGAACUCAUGAAAACCAAGGUACACUUCCAUGCUCCCGGCGAGAACUUCAAGGCAGAUGGCUACGUGGUCACCGAGCACACGGAGCGGCUACUGAAGGAGCACCUGGCGAGGACUGGAGGCAAAGUGCACACGCGAUUCCCGCCAGAGCCGAAUGGCAUCCUGCACAUCGGUCACGCAAAGGCUAUUAACAUUAACUUUGGAUACGCGGCUGCCCACGAUGGAGUCUGUUACUUGCGCUACGACGACACCAAUCCCGAGAAGGAGGAGGAGAAGUUCUUUUUGGCCAUUAAGGAGGUGGUGGAAUGGCUGGGCUACAAACCAUUCAAGAUCACCUACUCCUCGGACAACUUUCAGCAGCUGUACGAGUGGGCUGUUGUGCUGAUUAACAAAGGAUUGGCCUACGUGUGUCACCAGAAGGCGGAGGAACUGAAGGGCUUCAAUCCGAAGCCCAGUCCUUGGAGGGAGCGUCCCAUUGAGGAGUCACUGCGUCUGUUUGAAGACAUGAAACGUGGAAAGAUCGACGAGGGAGCGGCCACACUGCGCAUGAAGGUCACCCUAGAGGAGGGCAAGAUGGACCCUGUGGCGUAUCGCAUUAAGUUUAUCUCUCACCACCGUACGGGCUCUGACUGGUGCAUUUACCCCACUUACGAUUACACUCAUUGCCUUUGCGACUCUCUCGAGGAUAUCACCCACUCACUGUGCACCAAGGAGUUCCAGUCGAGACGAUCCUCCUACUACUGGCUGUGCAACGCUCUGGGUAUCUACUGCCCGGUGCAGUGGGAGUACGGUAGACUAAACAUGAACUACGCACUUGUGUCAAAGCGCAAGAUUGCAAAGCUGAUCACGGAGCAGAUUGUCCACGACUGGGACGAUCCCAGGCUGUUUACUCUGACGGCUCUGAGACGUAGAGGCUUCCCAGCGGAUGCCAUCAACAACUUCUGCGCCCAAAUGGGCGUAACGGGUGCCCAGAUCGCCGUCGACCCCGCCAUGUUGGAAGCAGCCGUGCGGGAUGUGCUUAAUGUUACAGCUCCCCGUCGGUUGGUUGUCCUGGAACCUCUCAAAGUUACCAUAAAGAACUUCCCUCAUGACGCGCCCGCGCAGCUAGAAGUGCCUGAUUUCCCGCAGAACCCGCAGCAAGGGACUCAUAAGAUCACCCUGGACAAGGUGAUCUAUAUUGAGCAGGGAGACUUCAAGUUGGAGCCCGAAAAGGGAUACCGUCGUCUGGCACCUAAGCAAUCUGUGGGUCUCCGACACGCGGGUCUCGUAAUCAGCGUGGAUGAGAUAGUAAAGGAUCCGGCGACUGGACAGGUGGUGGAACUCAUCUGCACCAGCCAACCUGCCGAGCAGGCCGAGAAGCCCAAGGCUUUUGUCCAGUGGGUAUCGCAGCCGAUACAGCUGGAAGUGCGUCUGUACGAGCAGCUCUUCAAGCACAAGAAUCCAGAGGAUCCCAACGAGGUACCCGGCGGCUUCCUAAGCGACAUCAGUGAGCAGUCCAUAUCGGUGGUGGUGGCAUUCGCGGAUCGGGCCCUAAACCAGGCCAAGGUCUACGACAAGUUCCAGUUCGAGAGGAUUGGCUUCUUCUCCGUAGAUCCAGAUACCAGCGCGAACCACAUAGUGUUCAACCGCACCGUGGGAUUGAAGGAGGAUGCGGGCAAGAAGUGAUUAGCGCACGAUUUCGGGAACCCACAAAUGAAAAGAGACAAAAUCCGUAGCACAUUAAAAUUCGAUUUAUAAAAUCAA